UUCAAUAAAAUACAAUACAAAAUAAUUAUGUUGAUGUUGAUUAUUUCAAACUAUCAAUAACUAUUCCCAUAACUAUCAAUAAACAUUGCAGCAAAGCGUUAGCAACAAAGCGUUGGUAGCAACGCUCAUGUCAACAUGUUGCCAAGCAACAAUCCGAAACAUUUGCUUGAAUGAAUGAAAAUUAUGUUCCAGGGAAACAAAAACUCUUGCUGUGAAUUGUGUUGUGUUUUUAGUUGGCUCGAAGUGCUUGUCGUGUGUGGACGUUCUCUGAGUUGAGAUUUGAUUUGUGGAAGGAAAAAAUUAUUUUACAAACGCGAAGUGUAGUGUUUACAUCUGUAUUCGAACAAAAUCUGAAGUAAUGCGGAUAUUUGCUUAACUUAUUGACAAUUUCAUUUAAGUGGAUAUUUGUCAGUAUUUAUCUUUUUGUUUAAACUCGUUAACUUUUAAGUGUUUGAAGUGAGCAGAAAUUACAACAAAAAUAUAUAUAUAAACAAAUAUUGUAGACGCAAAGUGCACGUGAAGUGUGUUCAGCCUUCCGAAUUUGAAAAAUUAAUUUGGCAGUUAUGAGUAAAAAUUCACACUUCGAGAUCUAAAAAUUAAAAACACAAAAACAAAAUUAUUUUAAAAAAUAAAAAUGAUUUAUAUGAUUGAAAACCAAAAACCAAGAAAUUCGUUUGUUUUUAAUUAAAAUUAUGUCUGAAAGAGUUAACAAACUCAGCAGUGACGUCGACUUUUCAUUGAGAAAAAAUUUAUGAAUGAAGAUCAGAAAAAACAAACCAGAAUUUGUGAAUUAAAACAUAUCAGUUUAAGUAUCUGAAAAUAAAAAAAAAAAGAAGACCUUACUUAAUUUACUUUAUAUGCACAAAAAAAAAAAAAUUGUAAUUAAAAUUAAAAAAAUUUAGCAGGUACAGUAAAACGUCGAUAAUCGCAUAAAUGGCGAAGUAAUUUGGCAUGGCAACGCAGCGAAAAUUUUCAAGAAAAUCAACUGGCAAUUAGCGAGCUUUGAGAAGAACAUAAUCAACUAAAACCGAAACUAUUGAAAAAUGAAUUUAAAGUUUCUACUGCAAUUGUUGGCAACGCUGCAGUUCUUUACAUUGAGUCAGAGCAGUCAUGUGCAGAAGGCAAGAAACUACAUCCGCACGGAAGUGAGGAGCGCCGUUGGUCACCGUCACCGUCAUAGCUUCUAUGCACAACCACCGCUACGACCACCAUCACAUUUUAAAAGCAAACACAGUACACAAUAUAUACAGCGCCUGCAUAAUCAUCCAAGCCGUUGGAGUGGGCGAUGGCACUCAUCAGAUCAUAAUCAGCGAUUUACACGCUGGACGCCUUGGACAACGUGCGACCAUAGCUGUGUGAAACGCAGGGAACGAUUCUGUAAAGCAAAACGAAAAUGUGGUUACACAAAGCACGUGGAGGAACAGAAAUGCUGGCACUGUCAUCCGCAGCAAACUUGGCAUGAUGAAUAUUCAGCCGUUCCGAAAACAUCCCAACUGCCACAGCAGAAUACACACGGUCCAAUAAUAAUAAAUGCCGCUGCGGCUGCAUCAAGUGGUACUCAGCCCACGCAAUCCCCGCAACAUGUGUCUACUGAAUCUGUUUACGUACCCACCGUGCAACAUGUGCAUCACGUACAGCAUGUGCCGGUACUGCCGGUGGAAAUCAUAGAACAUCAGCCUUAUCAGCCGAUAUUUAAUUACCCCCCUAUAACAUCAGCGCCAAUAAUCCGGGGUAUUGAACAUGUAAGUGAAGAUCACAAUCCAUUCGGAGUACAAGACGAAGCUGGUGUUUCAGAUGAAGAUGAUUUUUUUAUUUUUAAUGAACAUAAACGCCCGCAUAAAUUCAACAAAAACCGAAAACCAUUACCAAUCGACGCGACAAAUUAUGAAGAAUCACUACCUGAGGAAUAUAGUGAUUUCGAAGAUGAGGAGGACUCAAUGGAGUCUUCGUGGGAUUCUGCGCAUUUAUAUGGAUUACAAAUGGGUAAUAAAAUGAAAAAAAGUAAAAACAUGAAACAACAUCAACGAAAUGGACAUAAAAACCGAAAUCGUUCACAUAAGAAACAACGAUUUGGUACAGUGCUUAGUGAACGCAGUUUAGCACCAGGAGACGACGGCAUCGAAGGUGAUGUCUUUCAAUAUGAGGACUUCGAUUUUGAACAAGAUGCUGUCGCAAGUGAUCAUUACAAUGAUUCCUAUGACUCUGAUGACAAUGACUACUUAGACUUCAGAAAUGCGAGUUUUUACUCGAAAGAAAAAUCGACUAUAGAUGGACUGACACCUAAACAUAGACGACUUUAUUCCAAGUGGAGCCGUUGGACAAAGUGCUCACCAAAAUGCACUACGAGAAGAUAUAAAAAGUGCCGUGUACGAGAGCAGUGCGGUCGGGAAGUGCUUCGGGAAAUUGCUUAUUGCUACACGGAAGGUAGCUUUUGCGAGCAAUGGCUGCAAGCACAAGUUCACAAAGCACCACCUUAUGAAUUACGUCCAAUGUCUGCUUCUAGACGACGUGACAACAUCGGUGGUAUACAAUCGAACUCCAUAGUUAGCGACUACAUCAUGAGUGGCAAAGGUUACAGAGGUCCGGAAUAUGCUCCCAUGAAACUGAAAUGUGGCAUACCCUCCAUACGAAGCAACAAACGGAGCAUGUAUAAUAUGCUGAAGAUAAUAGGAGGCAAAGCAGCGCGUAAGGGAGAAUGGCCCUGGCAAGUAGCGAUAUUUAAUCGUUUUAGGGAAGCCUUUUGCGGUGGCACCUUAAUUGCACCCAAUUGGGUGCUUACAGCAGCGCAUUGUGUACGAAAAGUUCUCUAUGUGCGCAUUGGAGAGCAUAAUUUGGACUAUGCUGACGGCACCGAAUUACAAUUACGUAUACUGAAGAGUUUCAAGCACCCCAAUUUUGACAAGAAAACUGUAGAUAGUGAUGUAGCGUUACUAAAAUUACCUAAGCCCGUGAAUGCUACAAACUGGAUAGGUUUUUCUUGCCUGCCGACACCAUAUCAGCCCUUACCCAAGAAUAUGGAAUGCACAGUAAUCGGCUGGGGUAAACGUCGCAGUCGAGAUAUAUCGGGCACAAGUGUCUUACAUCAAGCAGAAGUACCUAUUAUAUCGAUGGAUAACUGCCGAUCAGUUUAUCAGGAUUAUACCAUUACAAAAAAUAUGUUUUGUGCAGGCCAUAAGAAAGGACGUAUAGACACGUGUGCUGGAGAUUCUGGUGGUCCUUUACUAUGUCGGGAUACUACAAAACCAAAUCAUCCUUGGACCAUUUUUGGUAUCACUUCCUUUGGUGACGGUUGUGCGAAGCGCAAUAAAUUCGGCAUUUAUGCAAAGGUGUCAAACUACGUAGACUGGGUGUGGUCUGUAAUAAACUGCAAUGGUAACUGCAAGUUGUAUCAACGAAGUUGAAGCUAUUUAGCAUCUGAAAUUAAAUUGUUAUGUUACAUUGUUCAUUGCUUUGUCACAGAAUAAAUAACGAGAAGUACAUGAAUGAAAGAAGUACAAUUCAGAUUAUAAAGUCGUUAGUCAAAGAC